AUGCAAACAGGAUCGCCACUACCGACGACGACAACAACAACAAUAACGACAACAAAUACAAAUACAGCCAACGCGUCGAUAACGUCUCUUGAGUCGGAGAAGCUCAACGAGCUCGAGGAUAGUGCCAGUACGUCCACGGCGGCCAGGAUGGAGGAUGCUGCGGGUGCCACAGCGGCGGCGCCACAGCCGGAAAAACAGCCGGCGGAGCCCGAAUUGGAGCAGGAGGAACUCAGUCGCAAGAGUAAAUUUCUCAUUGUACUGUCGUUAUGUUUGUGCGUCUUCCUGUCCGCUUUGGACCAGACAAUCAUCACCACGGCGAUUCCCGUGAUAGCUGGAGAGUUCCAGUCGCCGUCGGCGUACACCUGGAUCGGCAGCUCGUAUCUUCUCGCAUCUGCUGCCUUCAUGCCGUCGUGGGGAAAGUUCAGUGACAUCUGGGGCCGAAAACCGGUGCUUCUUGCUGCCGCAGUGUUGUUCAUGAUCGGGAGUGUCCUGUGUGCAGCGGCGAACGGGAUCGAGCUUAUGCUCUUGGGCCGGAUCAUCCAAGGGCUCGGUGCGGGUGGCCAGUUGAGUCUGGUCAAUGUUACGAUAUCGGACAUUGUCACCAUGCGGUAUCGUGGACUGUACCUUUCGUACGUCGGUAUGACCUGGGCGGCCGCAUCCGCCAUCGGCCCCGUCCUCGGCGGCGUGUUCACGGGCAUGGCGAGCUGGGGCUGGCGCUUCUGCUUCAUCAUCAACAUUCCGAUGGGCUUCAUCGCGAUCCUGGGGCUGUACCUCUUCCUGCACCUUCAAUCCCCCACGAUUUCGCUCGGGGCGGGGAUCAAGCGGGUGGACUGGCUCGGGACCUUCCUGAUCGUCACUGGGGUGAUCCUAUUCCUCGUCGGCCUCGAAUUCGGCGGCCUGACGCACCCGUGGGGGUCACCCAUCGUCGUGUGCUUCCUCGCCGUCGGCGUGCUGCUGAUGUUGCUGUUCCUGCUGGUAGAAUACCGCUUCGCGUCGCAGCCCAUCAUGCCGCUGCGGCUGUUCACGCACCUUACCAGCAUUUCGUGCUACUCCAUCGCGUUCUUCCACGGCUUCGUAUUCAUCGCGGGCUGCUACUUCCUGCCGCUGUACUUCCAAGCAGUGCGCGGGGCCACACCCCUCCUCUCGGGCGUCUACGUCCUCCCCUACGUCGUGGUCCUCUCUCUUGCCGCCGCGCUCUCCGGCGUCCUCAUCUCCCGCUCCGGCCGUUACCAGGAAGUGAUCUGGUUCGGCGUGUUGAUCCAAACGGUGGGCUUCGGGCUGCUCGUGAAGCUGACGCGCACCUCCGGCUGGUCGGAGCUGGUGAUCUACCAGCUUCUCGGCGGAAUCGGCAGCGGGCCUUUAUUCCAGUCCCCGCUGAUCGCUAUCCACGCGACCGUAGCGCCGGCGGACAUGGCCACCGCGACAACCACGUUCGCAUUCCUGCGGACGCUUGGCACCGCGCUGGCGAUAUCGCUGGGACUCGUCGUCUUUGGGAAUACGAUGGCGAAGACGACUACCGAAGGCGGCCUCAGUGACGACGUCGCAAAGAGGAUCGGCGGCGAGAGCGCGAGCGCCAGCAUCGAGUUCAUCAAGUCCCUUGACCAAGGACAGCAAGAGGCUGCGCAGGACGCUUAUGCUACCGGAAUGCGCGCUAUGUGGUGGUUCUUCCUCGCGAUCGCGCUGUGUGCGGUCGUCGCUAGUGUGGGUGUGGGUAGGCACCACCUCAGUGAUAAGUUGAACUCGAGUCAGCCGGCGAUGAGUAGGAAGCAGAAGGCCGGGAAGAGCGAGGAGGUGGAGAUGGAGAAGGUCUAG